CCAUGAAUUUGUAGAAACUAUAGCACCGUAUUUACCUUGCUUACAGGUAUCUUAGACACACCUGACUUUCAUUCCAGCUUGAAUGAUGGCGGGCUGUACUAGGGCGUGCCGUGUGAAAAUUGAAAUGCUGUUUACUUUUAUUUCAUAUUUUGUUUUGAUCAGCAUUCAAGGUGUUGCUUCCAAAGGUUGUGAAAUUCCACCUGUUGUUCGUGGAACAUGGUUUUAUCGAGAGAAUGGAGAAUAUCACACUACAGAAAUCAAUGGUGACUCGAUGACAGGGAGAGGAAAUUGCCUUUCUUCCCAUCAUUCACAUCAUGUCAACUAUACAUUUGUUUUUCUUGAUGAACAGACAACUUGUUACCAUUGUGUCAAAUUUUUUGUUCGAACUGUCAAUAUUCUUGACAAAGUUGAAUCUGGAUGCAAAACACUUCGCGACAAGUCCCCAUCGUUGAAUUCAAUAUGUGAUGGCAUCAAUCCUGACCAGCAACUCAUUUCACUGUUCGCGGAGAACUUUGUACCAGUCAACUGUAGAUCAGGAUUAGAGGGUGUUUGGCAAUUUGCUUACCAAAAUCGAUUUCGUUUCACUGGUGAAUGCAGCCAUCCUGGUAACGUGAUACAGUCUUGCCAGACACCUGGUUCCCAGUUUUUAAUUACAAACCAAAAGUUCACAAUAAGUUACAGAAAAUGUGAUGGAAUGAGUGAAUCACUGGAUGGGACUGUUGAGUUUAGCUGUCUAGGAGAUUGGUUCGUCGGAAAGAAUCAUUAUUUUGCUGUUGCAAACACCAAGGAGUCGCGAAAAGAUGAAAAAUUUCGUUGCUUUUUGAAAAACCGUGACGAUGAUGAGUAUAUGGGUAAAUCUAUUACACCGGAAUGUAACACUUUGAAAUCUCCGGAAGAUAGUCCUGAGCGUUAUCGCAUGACUCCUGUCAAAUCCGAAACUGUGACACCCGGUUGCAAUCUUCCUUUAAAUUUUUCCGGACAUUGGAUCAAUACCGCAAAUAUUGACGCUGAUGUUUAUAUUAAUCAAACUCAUAUUGUGGAGACAUGGCAUCCAGAUAUCGGAAGGUCUCGUAAAACCGUGUACGUCUGUAAAGAGUCACGGGAUUCAAGGAUCCUGCUUACCCGUCUUAAUGUGGAUGGAUGCCAAAAAGACUACAUUUGUUACGACAUUGUUCCUCGUCACCACAACAUUAUCCGCUACCGGAAAGGGCUGGCCAUGAUUAAAGAUGACUUUCAUACUGUGUGCUCCUGGACACAAUUUCCUGCAAAGAAUGCCUGGAAAUAUGACCUGUUUUUAGCCAAAGAACCAGUUCCGAUUCGCUGUCCCGUGGCCGGCAUGUUUCGUUUCCAGCAAAAUGGCGACAUCAAGUUUCAGACCCGUAUUUUAGGCGGAGUCACUGAUUCGCCUCGUCCAGAGAUUCACUGUAUGGAUUCGGUGUCCUCGUUUCAAGUCUGUGAUUCUGGCCAGAAGGAGAUGGUAAUCGAUGCAGAGUUUUGUCUGUCGACAGACACUUACGGACGCCCCAUGGACAUCUACACUCGAGACCCAGUUCCUAUUCGUUGCCCAGUGGCCGGCAAAUUCAAAUUUACGCAAAAGGGUGACAUCAAAUUUGAGACGCGUAUCUUGGGCGGAGUGACAGAUUCGCCUCGUCCGGACAUUUAUUGCAAAGAAAACAUUUCAGACUUCUCGGUUUGUGAUGCGGAACAAAAAGAAAUGUGGAUUGAUGAACAUUAUUGCCUUUCAGUGGAUUACAAAGGGCGACCAGUGGACAUUUACAGUGACCCGGAUUACAAGUUAAAGUGCAUCGGAUUUUGGAAGGAGAAUCUCCGUUCAUAUCUCAUCACCUACGACGAGCUAGAUGCAUUCAGUCGUUACAGGUGCUGGGUAUACCAGCGGGCUGACUUGACCAAAAUCUACAUGUCUCAGGCGUUAGGCCCGUACUGUCCCCUCAAUCAAGAUGUCACGAGUUGGAACUAUACAGAAGGAGCAGCUGUUCACCUAAACAUGGAGGAAUACGAGCGAGAACGUGAUCAAUGCCCAAUGAAUUUCGAUGAUGGUGAGAACCCGUGGAGCACGUCCGAAUCAUAUAUUCAGACGUUCAGUUUCAGAGCUAGUGCUGACUACAUACGAAUCUCAUUAACGGCCAUUUUAUUACCACUGACUUUGCUUUUUGUCUUUCAGCAUUAGAUUUUUGCGUAAGUGUUUGAAUGUGAAUGAGUGAUUGUUACCGGAGGGUGAUGCAUACCGGAGCCGGUUGUUUUAUUUCCGCCGUGUUUUAGUAUAUAGAAUAUCAUGAUGUGCAACACGGAUUAUGUGACAUCGCAACUUGAUUCCGUCCAUUUCGCUCCGUCCGCGUAUAGUUUUUGAUCGGUUAACUUGCAAUCUCACCAUGAAUCAUUAUUUUAUGUUGUAGCAUGACUGCAUUAAUUGAAUACACUUUCUUUCCUUUUUUAUAAAA